CCCCUUGUGAUCUCUCCUAUAUAUAAAGAUCGUAGAUUUUCUGGUUUACAUAUCAUACUUUCAUCCCUCAUUUAUAGAUAAAGAAAAAAGAAUGGCCGAAACCCCAAACAUAGUUUACUGCCGUGAAAUUCCAGAUGUGAUUCUCUCCAUCAUAUUCUCCUUAGUCACUGAUACCCGAGCUCGCAAUGCCGUUUCCCUUGUGUGUAUCAAAUGGCACUUGCUUGAGCGCUCCACCCGCACCUCCCUUACCCUCCGUGGCAAUAUCCGCGACCUUGUCCUCCUCCCAACAUGUUUCCGUGCUGUCACCCAUCUAGACCUCUCUUGCAUAUCCCCAUGGGGCUACCCUCUUCUUGAUUCCUCCUCGGAUCCACCACUCAUUGCUCAACACCUCCGCAUUGCAUUCCCCUCUGUUGUUUCCCUAACAGUUUAUGCACGAAAUCCUUUCACUCUCGGUCUUCUUGCUCCUCAGUGGCCUAAUUUGCUCCAUGUUAAGCUCAUUCGGUGGCAUCCCCGUCCGCCUGUUCCUCCUGGGGCAGACUUUCUUCCCUUGUUUGAACAUGGCCACUCACUUUCUUCCCUUGACCUCUCCAAUUUCUAUUGCUGGACGGAGGAUCUCCCACCAGCACUCCAGGCACACCCUUCUUUUGCUACUUCUCUUUCCCAUCUGAACAUCCUCAGACAUUCUUUUUCUGAGGGAUUCAAGUCUCAUGAACUUUUAGCCAUCACCGCGGUCUGUCCAAACCUACAGAAACUUCUUGCUACUUGUACAUUCGACCAUAGAUUCAUUGGCUUUGUCAGUGAUGAAACUUUGCUUUCUCUUGUUUCUAACUGCCCUCGUCUUUCCCUCCUCCACCUCGACGAUACCAAAGCUGAAACAAAUGACGAAGGCUACACAUCCGAGGAUGCCAGGAUCACCCACACUGCACUCAUUGAUGUUUUCUCCGGUUUGCCUUUGCUUGAAGACUUGGUCCUCAAUGUUUGUCACAAUGUUAGAGAUGCCUGGCAAUCCUUGGAGCUGCUUAAUUCCAAAUGUCCCCGGAUGAAGUCCCUGAAAUUAGGACAAUUCCAUGGAAUCUGCAGAGAUACAGAUUCCGAUGUACCUAACGGAAUUGCUGUUUGUGUAGGGUUGGAAUCUUUGUCCAUCGAGAACUCGGCGGACUUAACUGAUUCAACAUUGGUUGCAAUCUCUCAUGGUUGUCCUAAUCUCUCCAAGUUUGAAGUUCAAGGAUGCAACAGAAUAACAGAAACAGGGAUAUCUACAUUUGUUCGUGUUCUUCAGAAGACUCUAGUCAAUGUUAAAAUCUCCGAUUGUAGGAACCUCAACGCUGCCAGCUCAUUAGACGCCCUGGAACCAAUACGGACCCAGAUAAAACGACUACAUGUAGACUGCGUUUGGGGAAGCAUCGGAAAACCAGAAACCGAAACGGCUAGUUCUUCUUCAAAUAAACGACCGCGGACGUCUGAAGAAACAGGGUCGAAGAAGAAAUCGAAGUAUUACAGUGGAGAUGGAAAUGAAGGUUUAGUUAAUUCAAGAACAUGGACGAAACUGGAGUGUCUUUCCCUUCGGAUCGCCGUCGGCGAAUCGCUCAACCCAUUAACUAUGGUGGGUCUGGAUAACUGUCCUGUUCUAGAAGAGAUAAGGAUUAAAACAGAAGGCGAUUGCCGGCAGCGGCCGAGGCCCUACGUGGACGCAUUUAGGUUGAGCUCGCUUGCCGGUUAUCCAAAGCUAUCAAGGAUGGAGCUAGACUGCGGCAGCGCAAUUGGGUAUGCUCUGACUGCGCCGUUAGACCAUGCCGACCUGAGUUUGUGGGAGAGGUUUUUUCUGAUGGAAAUUGCAGAUUUGAAUCUGAGUGAGCUCAACUACUGGCCUCCGCAGGACAUGGAUGUGAACCAGAGGAGUUUGUUACUACCGGCGGCGGGAUUGCUUGCUCAAUGCCGGAAUCUGAGGAAACUGUUCAUCCACGGAACGGCGCAUGAGCAUUUCAUGAUGUUUCUUCUUCAAAUUCCGACUUUGAGAGAUGUGCAAUUAAGGGAAGAUUAUUAUCCAGCGCCGGAGGAUGAUUCCAGGACGGAGAUGAGAGUCGACUCCUGCUACCGGUUUGAGGAUGCCCUCAAUCGGCGGCAGAUACCUGACUGAAAUCACGCAUCCAAUAAAAAAAUUUAUAAAUUGAAAUUUGGCACAAAUUUUGUCAUAUAUAUAUAUAUAUAAUUAUUGAAUAAAGAGCUACUCUUAGU